AUGCCGACCGGGACAGAAACCGCGACGGUGUCUGAAGCUAUGGAGGAUGGGGCGGGCAAAGAAGAACCGCAGGGCGUCAAAUCCCUAGUCUCCUUCUACUCCAACUACGUAUGGAACCGCCUCGCCGCUUUCGUCCCCACCGACUCCAAUUUCCUCGCCAGAGUUGCCAGUAUCCGCCCCCAGAAAACUCGCCGCCGCAAUGUCUGCCUCCCGCUUCCCUUACCUUCGCCUCCUCUCGCCUCCUCUCCGAUCAAACCUCAUUCUUCUCGGGUUUAUGAUGUUCUGGAAGAUAUUCUAGAGCACAGUUACAAUAACUUGCAUAGCAUUCAGAAGAAUUUGCUGUUUUGGCAAUCUAGAGCUGAGGGAUCAGAUGGCCAGAAGUUAUACUUCAUGUUGUUCGAAAGAGGGCCACAGGCUUUCGUAGAAGGAACAGCUCAGUUAGUUCGUGAGACGUUGAAAGAUGGUUACUCCACACAGCAGCUUGCUCUAUCUGCAUCGGCUUUCAUAAGUGAAAGACUGGCUGUCUUGAGAACCUUAAGAUGUGCACUUGCUGCUUUCUUGGCUGAGGUGUACAGGGAAGUUGAUAAACAUGGGGAGGAGUUGAUGAAAGAUCCAGAGAAGGCAUUUCCCUCAAUGUUGAUCACUAUUGACAGUUUAUUUUCACAUUUGGAGGCAUCAAUUGGCCACCUACAUGCAAUGCGAGAGACUGAUUCCUCUGUCGAUGGAAGCUAUUCACUCCCUCUGCUGUUUGAGAAACUUCCAGAGGUUGAUCAAGGUUCUGAGUGGACAGACUGUGAGAUAAUAGAUGCCAUCAAUGUGUUAUACAAAAAUCUAGAGAAGCUGGACUCAUACUUGUCUCUUAUGGUAGUCAAACAUCAAAAGCCUAGGAAAUUAACUCAGCAUUGGAUACGCUACACCUGCGGUGCUGUUGGCCUCUCAGUUUGUUCUAUUUGGGUCCUUCGGCAUAGCAGAUUGAUGGGAAGUUCUGAUAUUGACAAUUGGAUUCAUGAAGCAAGGGACUCAGUAGCUAACUUCUAUGUGGACCACGUUGAACAACCGAUUUUGUCAAUCAGAGACGAUCUCUUUGACACAUUCAGGAAGAGACAUAAAGGGGUCAUGGAAGUCGAAGAAGUGCAGUUGACAGCCAAUUCUCUGCACAGAAUGUUGUUGGCUUUCAGUGAGCAAACUAAAGGUGAACCAUUCCAUGAGAAUGCAUCAGAUCAAAAAAUGCUUGAGAUAGUUAUGAACAGGUAUGAACAAGAACUUGAGCAUCCAGUUCAGAAUCUGGUAAAGGGAGAACUAGCUCGUGGUUUGCUCAUCCAGGUUCAAAAACUAAAACUGGAUAUUGAGACGGCUAUGCUGGAACUGGAUCAAAUCCUCAAGGCAAAUGAAAUCAACUUCGCCAUUCUAGCAGCCUUACCCGCAUUUGGCCUCUCCCUUCUUCUGCUGGUGUUGUUGAGGGCGUGGAUUAAGCAGGACACUAGAGCCGAAGGGAGGGGGAGAAUAGCUAGGCGCUACAGGAGGCUGCUUUUGAUAGAAGUAGAGAGAAGUAUAAUGCAGUACCAGGAUUACCUGGACCACGGGAUGGCACCCGAGUCCCAAUGCAUGUUCGGAAUGGUGUUGUACAGUCUGAAUCGCUUGUGUCUCGCUGUCGAGGGGCACGCAAUGGAAACUGGCGAAUGGCAAUUGCUGAGACAGGAUAUCGUGGAUCUGGGAAAACCGAGCCUGACAACCGAUUACAAGCUAAAAGUAACGUCGAGGAUGGAGCGCGCAUAUGAGUGCUUGCUUCCUUCGACCACACGCCUGUAA